AUGUCUGCUGAAGCACUUUCACUAGCCGGAAAGGUGGCCAUCGUUACCGGUUCUGGUCGUGAAAACGGUAUUGGUGCUGGGAUCGCGUUUGCCCUAGCUCGUAACGGUGCAGCCGUUACCAUUAAUUAUGUUUCUGAGUCCUCGGCAAAGCGUGCUGAAGGCGUUGCACAGAAAAUUAGGACUGAAGGCGGGAAAGCGACUGUUAUCAGAGCAUCUGUUAACGAGGAAGGGGCGAAGAUUCUCAUCGAGGGUACACUCAAAGCUUUUGGGACAGACCACAUUGACAUUCUAGUCAACAACGCUGGAGUUGGACAUAUUGGCCCUACAUUGGACUUACCUCUGAACCAGAUCAGAGAGACCUUCGCAGUCAACCUAUACGGUCCUCUGUUCAUGGUCCGUGCGGUCGUGCCACACAUGCCUCCUGGAGGACGUAUAAUAAAUAUUACAUCAACAGCGGCGAGAAUGCCUUUGGCUGCCUACGGUGUCUACGAAACGUCUAAGGCUGCGCUUGACUAUCUGACAGCCAUAUGGGCCGAAGAGUUUGGCAAAAGUCGUGGAAUAACUGUCAACUCAGUUGGCCCUGGUCUUGUCGAAACAGACAUUGUUCCUUCUGACCCUGAAUUCCGGAAAGCAGCUGUUGAGCCAAUUGUUCGUAUGACAAGGGCUGCUGAUAGACCAGGGACAAUCGAAGAUAUUGGAGAUACCGUGCUUUUGGUUUCAUCGGAGAAAGGAAGAUGGAUCGCUGCUCAACAUAUUUCUGCUAGUGGAGGCGUUACAGCGCUAUAA